AUGAUACUAACGUCUGUAGACGUAAUAAACGAAACACCAGUUAAUGGACAAGUGUCAGGACUAUUCAGUCAAUUUGUCCUUCGACCGAACAUGACCUUUCCAAAACACAUGCGGGCGUUUAACCUUAGAUAUACGUAUGAUACUAACGUCUGUAAACGUAAGCACGAAACACCAGUUAAUGGACAAGGUUUAUCUAUGACAAUUACCACAUCUGCAGUCACAGCAAGACGAAAUCAGGACGUCACAGUUACGUGCACCAUACAAGACGCCGAGGGUCUGCAGAGCACGGUGUACAUAUACCUGGGCACGUUUUAUUUCAGAGCUGCCUAUUUCUAUCAGAGGGCGACUGGCUGUGAGCCGCGUUCGACCGACGACCGGGUGCCGAUAUCACUAACAACGGUCUGUGGAUCAGGAACCAACAGCUCCGAAUCCAGCUCCAAGGAGUACAUCUUAACCACGAGACCCAGAAAGGUUCUCACAAAUUACUACCGCGGGACAAGCUUUCGUGGUUCCACGUACUUCAGCAACGCUGUUACAUUUUCCUUGUUAAGUGAGGUGGACUGCGCAUCGAUAAAUAUUUCUGGAGGAGGAGAUGUACUGACGGUCACUCAAGGAACAGAGUUUGACGGAAUCACGUGCAGCACUGGGGGUGCCAACCCGGAACCUGAAGUCAAACUGAAACUUAAACUGGACGAGACAUCUUCAGCAGAUCUGCCUGCUCGUAAAUUAGCGUCGGCAAGAACCAUGGAGUUUGAACGAACGCUCUGUAAUCCACUGGAGUUUGAAACGUAUUCAUCCAGAACGACAGCGAGGCUUGCCUUUGUCCCAGACCGACAUCAUGAUGGGAAGUACGUCUACUGCUCAGCCAAGAACAGUGAGAUGGGGAUCAACGACGAGGUGACCUCCAACGAAAUACGUCUCAUUGUCCAGUGUAAGUAA